AUGGAUGCCAGUGCACAGACUUGGUGGUCUGGCCGAACUGAGGUAAUCAGCGUUCAGGAGCCGCUCACACAACCGAGAAUAUUUCAACCCGCGGAUGCUCUAAACCCGGAUGAUGAAGGGCUUGGUGGUCUAAUCGACAAAACUUUGGAG